AUGGCUAUAUCACAGGAAACAAAGGGCAUCAGAAUUGCCAUUGACCGGGGUGGCACAUUUUGUGAUUUCUGGGCAAGCAUCCCAGGUCGCGAAGAUGACUUGAUUUUUAAGCUCUUGUCGAGGAAUCCUGGAGAGUAUGAAGAUGCACCUAUUGAGGGUAUCCGGCAAAUCCUCGAAAAGGCUACUGGCCAGGUUAUCCCAAGAGGCACUCCUUUGGAUAUCACACCAGUCGAGUCAAUCCGAAUGGGAACAACAGUUGCCACAAAUGCGCUUCUGGAACGAAAAGGAGAGAGAGUUGCUCUUCUGAUUACAAAGGGUUUCAAAGACCUUCUGGUCAUUGGCAACCAAGCUCGACCUAGCAUUUUCGAUCUUUCAGUGUCCAAGCUAGAUAGUUUAUAUGAGAAAGUCAUCGAGGUUGAUGAGCGAGUCACCAUAGAAGGCUUUGCGGAAGACCCCGAGCCUCAACCAAUUGACAUAUCGUCAGAUCCAGCCUUAGUCGAAGGCCUCACUGGAGAGGCAAUCCGCAUUUUACAAGAACCAGAUCUUGCCCAAGUCCGCAAAGAUCUUCAGUCUCUGUGGGAUGAGGGAUACCGCACACUAGCAAUAGCCUUUAUGCAUUCAUUUGCUUUCCCGAAACAUGAAGCUGCUGUCGCAGAAAUUGCACGAGAAAUCGGUUUCAGAGCAUCACCUUCUUCUGAACUCCAGCCUAUGAUUCGAAUUGUCCCCAGAGCACAAUCAGCAACAGCAGAUGCAUAUCUGUCUCCAGUUAUUGCACAAUAUAUUGAAGGUUUCCGGUCAGGUUUCAAGGGCCGCUUAGAAGAUCAUAAUGCGAAGAAGUUACUUCUUUGUCAAUCAGAUGGUGGACUUACAUCAUUCAACAGAUUUACAGGUCUACGGGCCAUUCUGUCCGGGCCGGCUGCUGGUGUUAUUGGGUGUGCUCGAACUUGUUAUGACGAGGCAGAUGGCACGCCUGUACUUGGUUUUGAUAUGGGAGGCACGAGUACUGAUGUAUCUCGCUACAGUGGCGCUUUCGAGCAUGUUUUUGAAACAACAGUCUCUCAAGUUGCUGUACAGAGCCCUCAACUGGACGUACACACCGUUGCUGCUGGUGGUGGCUCUAUGCUCUUCUGGAGAAAUGGACUUUUCGUUGCUGGCCCCGAGUCCGCAGGAGCAUACCCUGGCCCUGCUUGCUACGGCAAAGGGGGUCCUCUUACAAUUACCGAUGCCAACUUCUUCCUGGGCCGUAUUCUUCCAGACUACUUCGCUCGCCCUCUUGACUUCGAUGUCGUCAAGAAGAAAUUCCUCGAACUCACAGAAGUUGUCAACGCAGAAAAGAAAGGUUCCGAAUCCCUAACAGCGGAAGAAGUUGCCAUGGGUUUUCUGCUUGUAGCAAAUGCAUCUAUGACCCGGCCUAUUCGCGCACUUAGUGAGGGUCGUGGUUUUGAAACUGCUGCCCACAACCUUGUCUGUUUCGGUGGUGCUGGAGGUCAGCACGCCACUGCUAUUGCGCGUGACCUUGGUAUCAAGCGAGUUUUGAUUCACCGUUUCUCUAGUAUCUUGUCAGCCUACGGAAUGGCUUUGGCAGACGUUGUUGUUGAACUUCAAGAGCCAGAGUCAGGCUCAUUCAACAAGGAAUCUGCUCCCCGUAUCAGCAAGCGAGCCGAUGCUCUCCGCGAGCGAAAUACCAAGCAGCUUAUUAAAGAGGGCUUCUCUGAAAACCUGAUUUCGCAUGAGGUUUUCCUCAACAUGCGAUACCGUGGCAGUGACACUUCGCUCAUGAUUUCCGAAUCUGAUGCUGCCGACUUCUCAGAAGGAUUCAUUGCCCGUCACCGACGAGAAUUUGGCUUCACUCAACCACGCGAGAUUUUGGUCGAUGAUGUGCGUGUUCGAUCAGUCGGCAAAGCAGUGGAUGUCAAGAUCCAAAGCCCAUUCAAGCAAUUGGAGGAAAUAUCUCGCUCCGUCCAAACGGAUUUAAAACCGGCUCUUAUUCGACCAGUAUACUUCGAAAAGGAAGGGUGGAUUGAUUCGCGCAUCUUCCAUCUGCAAGAUGUGCCCAAGGGAAGCACCAUUCUCGGACCGGCCAUGAUUAUCGAUUCAACACAAACUAUUGUUGUUGACCCAGCCAGUGAAGCGACAGUUCUGAACGAGCAUGUCGUCAUUGAUCUUCUUGAUGCAGAAACAAAGAAGGUCUCCGCAGACGAGGUUGAUCCUAUUCAACUAUCCGUUUUCAGCCACCGUUUUAUGAGUGUUGCCGAGCAGACGGGUGAGACUCUUCGCAAGACGUCCAUCUCUACAAACAUCAAAGAACGUCUUGACUAUAGCUGCGCAGUCUUCUCGUCGGAUGGUCAGCUUGUUGCUAACGCACCUCAUAUCCCCGCUCACUUGGGAUCGAUGUCCUAUGCUAUCCAAUAUCAGGCAAAACGGUACAAGAAAGGGGAAUUGAAACCAGGUGAUGUUAUCUUAUCAAACCACCCUAUCGCUGGUGGUACCCAUCUUCCUGAUCUGACCGUGACAACGCCGGUCUUUGACGAAAAUGACCCUACCAAGAUCCUCUUCUUCGUGGCCAACCGUGGUCAUCACGCAGACAUUGGAGGUAUUGCUGCUGGCAGCAUGCCGCCCAAUUCAACCGAACUGUGGCAGGAAGGUGCUGCUAUUGAAUCAUUCAAAUUGGUGAAGGAGGGUGUAUUUGAUGAAGAAGGCGUCGUUCACCAUCUUUACGAAGUCCCAUCUACCUACCCCGGCUGCAGUGGCACACGGACUUUGAACGACAACAUCUCCGAUCUCAAAGCAGGCAUAGCAGCUAACAACAAAGGUAUUCACUUGAUUCAGGGCCUUGUGCGUGAAUACGGCUGGCCCGUUGUGCAGCUAUAUAUGAAGGCAGUCCAAAAGAAUGCUGAAGAGACUGUUCGCAGCUUACUCAAGGAGUUCAGUCGCCGCUUCCAAGGUCAACCCUUAGAAGCAGUUGAUUAUAUGGACGAUGGAACCCCAUUGGCCCUGAAAAUCACCAUUAACCCAGAUGACGGUUCCGCCAAGUUUGACUUCACUGGUACCGGACCUGAGGCGCUGAACAACUUGAAUAGUCCACCUGCAGUGAUGUACAGUGGUAUCAUGUAUUGCCUCCGAUCAAUGAUUGCCUCGGACAUUCCCCUCAACCAAGGCUGCUUAGCUCCGAUCCAAGUUGAGUGUCCGCCAAACACACUUCUGUCACCGAGCGUGAAAGCCGCAACAGUCGGUUCAAAUGUAGAAACAUCCCAGCGCAUUAUUGAUGUUAUCCUCAAGGCAUUCCGUGUUUCCGCUGCCAGCCAGGGAACAUGCAAUAACCUCACAUUUGGCUACGGUGGUAAGGAUGCUGUUACUGGCGCUGUUACCAAGGGCUUUGGUUACUAUGAAACCAUUGCCGGUGGUGCCGGUGCAGGCGCAAACUGGGCAGGUCAGUCAGGAGUGCACACAGGUAGCACCAACACGCGCAUGACAGACCCAGAGACCUUUGAAAAGCGGUAUCCAGUUCUUCUGCGCGAAUUCAGCAUUCGCAAGGGCAGUGGUGGUGCCGGUAAAAACUAUGGUGGUGAUGGCUGUAUCCGGGAUAUUGAGCUGCGCCGUCCAUUGCAGGUUAGCAUUCUCUCUGAACGACGUGUUGUUGCACCGUACGGUAUGGCUGGUGGAGAAGAUGGGAAGAGAGGUGUCAACUUGUGGAUUCGAAAGGAUCCCAUUGAUGGAACGGAGAGAUCAAUCUCUGUUGGAGGCAAGGCAUCCAUGGCAAUGAAUACUGGUGAUAGGUUCGUUGUGCAAACUCCUGGAGGCGGUGGAUAUGGAGUGCCGGAAGAUAAGAAACAAGCCAUUGAAGUCUUGGAUGAGUUUGUUGUGAAGCGAGCUAUCAUGUAA